AAAAGUCCGGAAGCAUGUAUUAAUAGUAAAAAUCAAUUUCAGUAGGAGGGAAAAAGAGGAAAACCAAGGAAGAAGAAACCAGUAUCAUCAGCGAGCCGUCGCCGGAGUGUCAUUCUCGCCGUCGCCGGAGUUUCAUUCUCGCCGGUUGGCCCAAAAGAAGCGGUUGAACAGAUCAAAAUGGUCUCGUCGGCUAUAGUGAACACAUACCCACUCUCUAGUUAUACAUUUGGUACAAAAGAGCAUAAAAUGGAGAAGGAUUCAUCCGUUGCCGAUCGCCUUGCUCGUAUGAAAGUCAACUACAUGAAGGAGGGAAUGAGGACAAGUGUUGAAGGAAUUCUCUUGGUACAAGAACAUAAUCAUCCUCAUAUUCUUCUUCUGCAAAUUGGGAACACAUUUUGCAAGCUCCCCGGUGGACGCCUAAAACCAGGAGAAAAUGAAAUCGAGGGUUUGAAAAGGAAACUCUCCAGCAAACUUGCAGCUAAUCCUCCUGCCAAUCAGCCAAAUUGGAAGAUAGGUGAGUGCGUGGCCACCUGGUGGAGGCCGAACUUUGAAACCAUAAUGUAUCCAUACUGUCCUCCACACAUAACAAAACCUAAGGAGUGUAAGAAGCUCUUCCUCGUUCACUUAUCUGAAAGAGAGUACUUUGCUGUCCCCAAAAAUCUAAAACUUCUUGCUGUGCCAUUGUUUGAACUUUAUGACAAUGUUCAGAGAUAUGGACCUGUAAUAUCUACAAUUCCUCAACAGCUUUCCAGAUUGCAGUUCAACAUGAUCCAUCAAUAGAUAGUAGAUGGACAUUCAAGUUCUCCUCCGGGAUGAAAAUGGCAUCAAAAUGAUUUGGUUUGGUUCCCAUAGUUUGAGGGUGACUGAGGCCUACUCCAUGACUUGAUUCACUUUUCUACAAUAGGCAGAUAGAUGACACUCAUCUGAUUGUUUGUGUUAAAUUGGCUUCUUUUGGACGGCAACAAUGAUGGAUACAGAAUGAUAGCCUGUUAAUAUGCAACUUUGCAGUUACAAUAUUGACAUAUUUUUGCGUACUUGCUUGUUGAAUAUUGACAUAGUGCUGUUAAGUUUCUUUCGUUCGGAGAGGCUUUUAGAAGUAGCAAUUCUAAGUGAUCUUUCUUCUGU